AUGUGCGCCGUCCGCCACCUGCGCGUUGUGGCGCCUUUGCGUCCACCCGUCAUGUUCGCCGCGGCCUGCGCAUUCUAUUCGACGCUGCGACGCCUUCAUCAGUCGAAUUCGGAGGGCAGUGCCGGUGGUCCAUGCGACCACAGCAAGCUGCAGCAGCAGCAGCAGCAGCCGGCGGCAAUGCCACCCGCAGGUGCCUCGUGUGCGGGGAGCCGCAGCAGCAUGAGUGGUCUGCUGCACAUGAUCGCGCAACGGAAGGAGACAGGGAGGAAAAAUAAGAAGGAGGCGCCUCCCGCUAAAAAUGGCUGCACAGUUGUGGCGGAGCUCUUUACUUCUGCUGCGCAGCGGCACCCGAGGUCGCCGCGUCGUCACGGCGUCGCGGCACCACGCACAGAUGCCGAAGCAAGUCGUCCUGCUGCUUCGCCGCCGCCGCCGGUGGGUGCGAGAGUUGUUUCGCCGACACUUGUGGAAAAACUGCGACAGAAAGUGCUGUGUAAACAGCUUGAUUGGCAGCAGAUGCUUGGCCAGCAGCCCUUACUGCAGCGGCUGCCUGUGUGGCGGCAGCGGUCGGUAUGGAGCACGCGCUUCCUCUCCUCAUCGGCUCUGCCCUUGUCAGGAGGCGGUGACAGCAGUGGCGCGACGGAAGUAUUUGUGUGCAGUGCGCCGACGGGCACCGGGAAGAGUAGCCUUGUGCCGCUGUUCCUGCUGGACAGCCACUGGAGACGGCUGCUGCAGCGCAUCGACGCCACACACGGGCCGCAGGAUGGCGGCCGUCGCGCAAGCGAGUCGCCGCCGCCGCCGAUGUUGCUGCUCCCC